GAGAAAUUGUACAUAAGUUAUUCUACUCAUUUACUAUAUUUCAUUAUGCCAUUUCAGUACUGAAUUGUUAUUUUCAUAAUGUGUGCUUGUGUGAGUAGGACGAGUGAAUGUGAGGAAGAUAGAAGCAGUCAAGGUCGCGUCCAGCGAGGAGGAACCAGCUGCAUGAGUUAGAAAAACAACUAAUCUCAGAAUGUGGGCACGCUCGGACAGUGUACCAAGAUAGAAGAAGUCACACUCAGAUAAUGGAAUAUGUGAACUGGUUUCAACUGGAUCUGUUUAUGCACCCUUCCCCAUUAGCAGUUGAAACCUUCUGUAACUAGGGCGUUCCUAACUUAAUAAAAUGCAAGAGGAGCGGAGACUGAUUCAGAGUGGUUUUGGGGGAUUGUAACUGAGCAGUCUCCGAGCACUCUCCUUGCAAGUAAAAUAUACUCAAUUCUCUGUGUCUUUUCUUGUGCAGGUUAUUCUUAUAAAUGUUGGGGGUUUAAACCUAACAUUUAAAUGGUCCUUCGAGCCGGAUGCCAAGAUACCUGACGAUCCCAGCGGGCGAGUGAGAUCCAGACAAGUCUGUGGCCACAGCAUUAAGACCCUUUUACGGGACUGGUCCCUCCCUUGCGGGCUGGGAUCCGAUGGUUGAAGGUAGAUCCAAGAACGCAGAGAAUUAAAGACCAGUUAGUUGAACCAGGAGACUGGGUCCUGAUAAAAAGUAUAAAGAAGAAGCAUUGGCACUCACCUAAGUGGGAAGGACCCUACCAAGUGCUGUUAACCACAGGUACCGCAGUAAAGAUUGCAGAACGUAGUACAUGGAUUCAUUUGACCCACUGUAAAAGAAUAAUUGGACAUGUCUAAAAUAACUAUUUCCAUCAUACUGUUCGUAGUCACCAUUCUUAUAUGUUUCAUAGUGAUAGCUUUAGUUAUAGCCUUGUGGUAUCUUUUGUAGUAUUGUAAUUCUUCAACGACCCUCAGAGUAAGUCCGUUGUACAAAGGGGAUUGUAUUUCUAGUAUACAAUCGUCUCAAAUCGGUGAAGAUUGACCACACCUCUGCCGAAGGGUUUUUAGGAAGGAUUCCAAUCUACAAAAAGAUGCUUACUACAAAAGGGAAAAGAUUGGUAUGGCUAGGAAUAGUCAUACUAAUAAUAGCCACUAUGAUCAUCUGGUUAUUAGGAAAUAAAAACAACAUAUCUAAAAAGACCAAACGAGUUGAUGGAAGUCUAGAUGGGUCAGGAACAAUAAUAUACCAUAAUGAUCCAAAACAUCCCUGUUCUACACAGUAUAAACAGGCUGAAUGGGAACCACAACGCUGGCUGUGCUAUAACACAACCAAUAUUUUAAAAACCGUGGUUAUGCCAGGCACUGCUUUUGAAACAAAAUACAGACAACAAAAUCCCACACAAUGGAUAGGAUAUGAUUUUUAUUUAGAUGCACAUUCCAGAAAUACAAGAGACUCUUGGUGGGGAGAUACCUUUAUUACAACAUCUCAGACUUGGAAACCCUCAUCUUAUGGAUGGACCCAAUUAGCAAAACAAUGGAAAAAAAUUAUCACUGGUGUUGCUGUAGAUAACACAAAAGUACAAUUCACAAUAAAUUCCACUGCCAUGCCUUUAAACAAAAAAAAAUGUGCACACAUUAGGAUUUGUGCUUGGGCAACUGGGACUGAUCCCUGUUGGGAACUGGGACUUUGCCCCAAUAUCACGGCAAAUAAUGGUACUGAACUGUCUAACAAAACAGGAGGCACUAUAAAACCAGUGGAACGACCAGGGAAAAAUAGUAAAAUCCAAAUAAUAGAUCCAGACAGUCCAGUGGAUGAUUGGUUUAAAAUAACUACAGGAGUGUCACGCAUUGACAACAACUGGCUCCUAAUGGUAGAGCAAGCAGCUAAAGCAUCAGGAGCAGACUGUGUAGUGUGCAUGGGAGCCAGACCACUGCUGCAAGUGGUGCCCUCAGCGCUGGGUUUAGACUGUCUAGUAGAUGUAAUGAAUAAAACUAUUCCGUCAGAAAACUGCUCCAGUUGGGAUAAAAUUUAUCCUUUGACUACUGCUGAAAAACAAAAGCCUCUAUUUUCAAAGAAGGUAGCUGUAGGAAACUUUACAUGCAUAAAUAGAACCGGUGCUGGGGUCAGACUAGGUAAAUUAAACGACACCCAAUGUUACUCAGUAGAAACAGUGAACAUGGCGUUUAAACCUAAGGCUCGCAGUGACAUCUGGUGGUGGUGUGGAGAUGAUAGAUUAUUUGACAGGUUACCAUACAAUACCACAGGAUUUUGCGCCUCAGUGUCAUUGAUAUUGCCAGUAUCCAUUACACCUCUCACCGUCACUGAUUUGUUGACCACAGUAAACGUUGUUUACCCACACACCUGGAAGAGCAGGCCAAAGAGAUCAGUAAUGACAGGUGAUCCCACCUACAUAGACAGCAUUGGAAUUCCAAGAGGAGUUCCUGAUGAGUAUAAAUUAAUAAACCAAGUAGCAGCAGGUUUUGAAUCCUCAUUAUGUUGGUGGUGUACAAUAAACAAGAAUGUAGACAGAAUCAACUACAUCCACUAUAACGUGCAGAGAUUAGGGAAUAAAACUGAAGAAGGGUUCUCCGCCAUCCACGAACAAUUGUCAGCUACCUCCCCUUAUGGCUUUCCAAAACCGUAUUGCUGUCGAUAUGCUUCUAGCAGAAAAAGGAGGAGUCUGCUCUAUUUUUGGUGACCAAUGUUGUACAUUUAUUCCCAAUAAUACUGCAGCUGAUGGAAGUCUAACUAAGGCCUUGGAGGGGCUUAGAUCUCUCAACAGCAAGAUGAAAGACCACUCUGGGGUUGACACGUCAAUGUGGGAUGGGUUUGGAGACAUGUUUGGCAAAUAUAAACAAUUAGUGUUCUCUAUUUUGACCUCAAUUGCUGUGUUUACAGCUAUCCUCACCUUAUGUGGAUGUUGUUGUAUUCCCUGCAUUAGAGCAUUAUGCACUAGAGUGAUAACCACCGCUAUACAACCUGUCAAAACUGAGAUGUCAGAAAUGUAUGCACUCCUCACCCCGGACGGGGACCUUCAGACUAACAAUGAUGACGAUGAUGAUGAUGAUGAUGAUGAGAAGCUGGAGGCGAGUGAUGAAACGUCAUUACAUUUCCCUGAUCUAUUCCCAGAUCCGGGAGAUUAUGCAACUAACCUCUGAGUGUAACACUUUGAACUAUGUGAUGAAUUUGUGGCUGAAAAUCUGACAAGAAGAGGUCUACAAAUGAUGGUGAAUAUAGCAAAUAAAGUGAAUAAACAGGAGGGAAAUGUUGGAGAAAUUGUACAUAAGUUAUUCUACUCAUUUACUAUAUUUCAUUAUGCCAUUUCAGUACUGAAUUGUUAUUUUCAUAAUGUGUGCUUGUGUGAGUAGGACGAGUGAAUGUGAGGAAGAUAGAAGCAGUCAAGGUCGCGUCCAGCGAGGAGGAACCAGCUGCAUGAGUUAGAAAAACAACUAAUCUCAGAAUGUGGGCACGCUCGGACAGUGUACCAAGAUAGAAGAAGUCACACUCAGAUAAUGGAAUAUGUGAACUGGUUUCAACUGGAUCUGUUUAUGCACCCUUCCCCAUUAGCAGUUGAAACCUUCUGUAACUAGGGCGUUCCUAACUUAAUAAAAUGCAAGAGGAGCGGAGACUGAUUCAGAGUGGUUUUGGGGGAUUGUAACUGAGCAGUCUCCGAGCACUCUCCUUGCAAGUAAAAUAUA